AUCACCAAGCAUUGACCGUUUCAAUUGAAAACCUGUUGCAAAAUAAUGUAAUCAGUAGUACAUUUACUUGGUCUUUUAAAUGGUUGGUAACUUGGUACCCGAUGUAGAAAAAGAAAAAAAGCGAUUCUAUAUAAUUAAUGCAAAGAUAUAACUUUCUACAACAAUGAAAAGGCUUUUACAAUGUCGGACCAGAGCGGACAUGAGACAGUUAGUAAAAGUGUGCAUGGCGCUUCUAUUCCUGUUCAUCAUCUUCAACAUCUACAAGCGAUGGUCAAAAUCACACGAUGGUCGCCAUAUAGUGCUAUGGUACAACCCGCCAUUUUAUGUGACCAGCCGAACGGAUGCCUUUGUGAGAAACUUCGACGAAUGCCCGCAAGCCAAUUGUCGUUUGACCUUUGACCAAAGUGAGGCGGAGAGUUCAAAGGCUAUCAUCUUCGAUGGACGCCAGAUGACCAAAGAUUGUAAGUCGUUUUCCCGACCCCAGGACCAGAUGUGGGUGUUUUGGGGUAACGAGCCCCCUACAAAGUAUAAUGAGGCUGGUGAUGAAUGGAUGGACUUCGCCAAAGAAUUCAACCUGACCAUGACGUACCACAGAGAAAGUGACGUGUACAUGCCCUACGGGGAGAUAGUUCCCACAAUGCCUAUCCCGCAAAAAGACUUCCUGUCGAUUGCACAGAAGAAGAACCACUCUGUUGUAUGGAUAGCCUCUAGCUGCCACACGUCGUCUUGGCGGGAGAUGUACGUCAAGGAACUCCGGAAAUACGUCGACGUUGACAUAUUCGGGAGGUGCUCGGAUGCCAUGACGCCAUGGAAUUGCGGAAACCGGUGGAAACAUGACGACUGUUUUUCCGUUCUUAAUGAUUACAAGUUCUACUUAGCAUUCGAAAACUCUUUGUGCGAAGAUUACAUCACGGAGAAGUUUUUCGAAAAUUAUAACUACGAUAUAAUCAUUGUUACAAGGGGAGGUACUAAGUCCAAUUUUAAAGAUAUUCUUCCAGAUGGUGUUUACAUAGAUGCCAUGGAUUUUCAAAAUCCAAAAGAGCUUGGAGGUCACUUGAAACAAUUCUUAAACGAUGAUAAAAAGUACGCAAACUUGUUGGAACGUAAGAGCGCCUACACCAGCUUGCCUUACCACAUCGUGUACCAAAAGUCAUUGUGUAACCUUUGUGAUAGAAUUAUGUACCCGGAAGUGUACAACGUAGCGCGAUACGAUAACUUGCGAGACACGUUACACGAAAUCAACUUCUGUAAACACCCAAGUGAUUUAGAAAGGAAGCAUCAACGUUAAUAAUUUUAAAUAAUUAUACAAAGUAUUGUAACGAGCCGAGCGGUUCUUCUUUUUCUUUUCCUUAUUUCAAUGUGAUAGCGGGUCUACUCUUGGUGUCAAACCAACUUUUCUUUCAUUAAGUUGUAUUUAAACAUUUUAAAAUAAAAUGGACUCUUGUUAAAAUAAACUGAAGAUAAUA